CUUAGACAGGUGCAGGUGCAGGCAGCAGACCUUGAUUCCAGGGUGGGCAGGGCAGAAGCCCUGGCCCGCCAAAGCUCAGAUGCCAUUGGCCAGCUCUUGGGCCAUACCCGCAACAUUGAGAAGGUUGUGACCACUGGGCAGCAGGACAUGUUGACCAGGAGAGACCAGCAAAUACAGAGAAUGAAUGAGCUGAAAAUGGAGAUUGACUCGUGUAAUAGAGCAAGAGAGCAGUUGGAGAGGCUCAUGUUGAGUCUGAGGGAUGAGACUCAGCAGUAUGCCCAUCAAAUAGCUUCAUCCAAUGCUGAAAUUGCUCAGCUCAAAGGAACUCUGCUUGGUGUUAAUCCAAUGCUGAAGAGGGAUUCAGGGGCACUUACUCCAAAUGCUGCCAGCAAUCCAAUGAAUGACUCCAAACUUAUGCAACUGAACCAGUUCAUUCUGGACCUGGACAACAAGAUCCAGAUGGAGAAGAAUGCCAGGGAAAUGAUGGAGAAUCAAAAUAAUCAAAGAUGGCAGCAGCUUAUUAAUGAAGUCAGUGCUACCAAGAGGAUGAGGGAACAACAGAACCAACGCAUGGAAAUGCUACUCAAGGAAACUUACAACAUGGGAGAUGUGGACAAACAGCGUAUCGUCAUGCAGAUCUCUGCUGUUAACCAAGAGCUGCGAAGGCUCAUUGAUGCCAGAGAUGCAAAGCUUCGAGAAGAGAUGUCGCAUUUGGAUGAAGUCAAGGGAAAGUUGGACAGGAUUAGCACAGCCAAAGCUGAUGAAGAUAAGCGCAUGAAAGAGGAAAUCAACAAGCGCUUGGCUGCAGCAGGUGCUAAUAGUGAAGAAAACAUCAGUGGACUGCGCAGACAUAUAACAGAUGCCAAGGUGGAAGACAUGAAUGACAGAAUGAGACAGGGCUUAGGAGCUCUCCAAGCAGCAAUUGGAGCAGGAGGUGUGAAACUUAAUGCUCAGCAGAACAGAGACCUGGAGGAAGCUGCAGGAUCUCAGCUCUCUAAUAUGCAUGACAUGCACAAGAAAUCUGUUGAGGGUAUCAGAGAAGAGACCACAAGGCAGAUGGCCGACAUGAAGGACCAGAUUUCCACUCUGGAUGUGAAAGUCAAGCACCACCAGGAAACUCUGGACAGACACAAAAUGAUGCUUGAAAAGCCAAGGAACAGUGACUCAGAACCUACUGUUGGUCUGAGCUCAGACCACCUAACAAGGAUUGACAAACUGGAAUUCAAGCACCAGGAACUAAAGAGACGAUUAGAUGAUGUGGAGGGUGAUCUCAAGACAGGGAAGGGUAAAGGAGGCUUGGAUGAAGAUGCUGUGGACAAAGAGCUGAGAAAGAAAAUUGAAGAAGAACGCAUACAGAGGAAGAAUGAAAUUACAAGCGUCAAAUCUCAGCUUGCGGCCAUUGUUGGAAGUGAAACAGAAGCCACUGGAACCACAUUG